UACGUCGAGGGAAAUCUGAAAUCAUGAGCCAGAUGAGUCCUGCUUCAGAGGGGAACUCUUCCCUCUCAGCGCUGUGUCCCAAACUCACCCGAGCGAGCUUCCUCUAUCCAGGAGCGGGGCCGUGCGGCAGCGCCAGGACUGCAGGGACCCGACCCGCACCGGGCCCGAAGCCCCUCGUCCUCCCCCCGCCUCCCGCGGUCCCCGUGGUGAGCCUCAGCAAGCCUCGGGCGCCGCACACCAGCUGGGUGCACAGCGCCAAACAGAAAGAGGAAGCCUGUGCUCGGAGCAGAGCGAGCGAGAGGUCCUUUCUGUGCGCCGUCGCCGAGCGCUCCUCCAAGCUGUAUGGGAACCGACACACACCUGUCCUGCAGCACAGCUCCUCCAGGGACGCACCUGACGCCGGUGUGACAUCACGUCCUGUCCAGGACGCACCUGACGCGGGUAUGACGUCACUUCCUGUCCAGGACGGCGCUGAGACUUCGCCAGUGCUGGCAGAAACACAGAUCAUCAUGGUGCCGUCGGCCAGACUCAGACCUGCCGUUCCUGUCAAGGGAGAAGCGUUUGAUCGUGUCGGCGGCUCCUCUACACACGCACAGAGUGUUGCCAAAGCCAAGUACCAGUUUCUCUUUGGAAACACAGAAGACACAAGCUCAUCAGAUUGCGUGACCUCUCCAACCCAAGCGAACCAGGAAAGCGGCUCAGGUCUUGAGGACGAUGACAUUGACGAGACGUCCCUCUUCCAGGAGAUUGACCGUGAGCUGUCGAAGCUGUUGAGUGGCCUGAGCGCUCGCAGUCAUGAUGCCUCGGCCCAACUGGACUCGACGCCCGCCUCACCCAUGAUCCCCUGCAGCGGACACAACCCAAGCCCGACGCCAGCCCUGGACAUGGCCAAGAACGGCCCGUCUGAGCUCGUGGGAGACUCUCUGCUGUUCGACUCGUGGUGUGAGGCGCUCAUCAAGGACCCCAGCUCCGUCAUGGCGGCCGCCAGCGAGAUGGGCUGCUUCACACGGGACCCCAGGCCUGCAGCGCCCAGCCCGAAUGACUCCGACGCCAGCCCGACUCCAGCUGCGGAAAACACUGGGAAGGAGACGGAGGGCAAGAGGGCAGGAGCAGAAGAACCCGUGGACGAGUCUCUAGAGGAGUCCAACAAAAUCCUGGCCGAGAUCCCGGGCAUCUUCAGCGGCUUUCUGGAAGGGGGCAAACUGCGGGACAAGCCGCCGAAGAAGCUGCGGUUUGUGGAGAGCAGGGCAGAGAGUGUGGCGAACGGAGACAUGCAGAACUGCAGUGUGAAAGAGGAACCGAGUCGGGACACGCAGAUCUCAGACGCCACAGGAGCGGCUCAGGGGCGAGAGCUCGAUCACAGACCCGACCACACACACACAGGAGACAACGCCUCUGACAGGAGUCCUGAAGGCGAGAGUGACUCCACAGAUGUCUUCAGCUGCCGGUUCGAGAGCAUCCUGGAGUCUGAGCGUCUGCGGGCGACUCUCUACAGCAGCAUGGACUCGCUGGACCCUCAAGCUGAAGCUGAACCCGAACCCCGGUCCCAAACCGCCCCGGAGCCCUCCUUCGCCCUCGACAUCCCCCUCACGCCCAUGAUCCAGCAGCGGCUGAAGGACAGAAGCCUGUUCCUGGCCCCCCCGGACCCGAGCUCGGACACUGAGGUGCUGAGCGUCUCCAAGCCGAGCGGGGGGGCGGCGCUGGAGCUCACCUCGUCCUUCCUCUCCACAGCGAACGGUGGAAACCACAGAGACUGGCUGACGGGCUGUUUAAGCAGCGAUGCAGGGCUGAAGGACGUGCUGUCGGACUGGGACUCAGACAUGGACGCUGUGGACUUUCUUAAGGACUCAGAUGUUCUCCACAAUGGCAGCCGGAGUGACCAUGAAGCGGCGCGGCGUCUGGCCCGACGGCUCUACCACCUCGAGGGCUUCCGGCGCUCCGAUGUGGCCAAACACCUGGGCAAGAAUAAUGACUUCAGCAAGAUGGUUGCAGAAGAGUACCUCACAUUCUUUGAGUUUACAGACCAGACAUUGGACCAAUCGCUCAGAUGUUUUCUGAAAGCAUUCUCACUAAUGGGCGAGACUCAGGAGAGGGAGCGGGUGUUAAUUCAUUUCUCUAAUCGGUAUUACCAGUGCAACCCCACCGUCAUCACUGCACAAGAUGGAGUUCAUUGCCUUACCUGUGCGCUAAUGCUGCUCAACACUGACCUUCAUGGCCAUAAUAUUGGGAAGAAGAUGACAUGCCAGGAAUUCAUCAAUAACCUGGAAGGACUCAACGAAGGACAAGAUUUCCCCCGGGAGCUGCUGAAGGUGUUGUAUAACUCCAUCAAGAAUGAGAAGCUGGAAUGGGCCGUUGAUGGAGAUGAGCUGAAGAAGUCUCUGUCCGAGCUGGCCGAUAAGAACCACCACUCUCACACUAAGAGCAUCAGUCGCAUCAGCAGCGGCAGUAACCCGUUCCUGGACAUCGCACACGACCCCAACGCUGCCGUCUACAGAACCGGCUUCCUGACACGCAAAAUACACGCCGACAUGGACGGCAAGAAAACACCAAGAGGAAAGCGAGGCUGGAAGACCUUUUAUGCUGUUCUCAAAGGCAUGAUCCUCUAUUUGCAGAAGGACGAGUAUAAGCCGGAGAAGGCCCUGUCGGAGGACGAUCUGAAGAACGCCAUCAGUGUGCAUCACGCUCUCGCCAUCAAGGCCAUGGACUACGAGAAGAAGCCCAAUGUGCUGAAGCUCAAGACGGCUGACUGGAGAGUGUUCCUCUUCCAGGCCCAGAGCCCUGAGGAAAUGGAGGCCUGGAUUGGGAUAAUAAACUCAGUGGCGGCCAUGUUUUCGGCCCCAUCCUUCCCCGCUGCCAUUGGCUCUCAGAAGAAGUUCAGCCGCCCGCUGCUGCCGGCCACCACCACACGCAUGUCUCAGGAAGAGCAGCUCAAGUCGCACGAGGCCAAGCUGAAGCAGGUCUCCACAGAGUUAGCCGAGCACAGAUCCUACCCGCCAGAUAAGAAGGUCAAAGCCAAAGAGAUCGACGAGUACCGCUUGAAGGAGCACUACCUGGAGUUUGAGGAGAACCGUUACGAGAUGUACGUGAAGCUCCUGAAGGAGGGUGUGAAGGAGAUCCUGACGGCCCGGGACGGGGACCCAGCGCUGAAGAAGUCUCAGUCCAGCCCUUCUCUCAACCAGGAGUCCCAGCCGGCCAGCGCCAAGGUCAAGCGCAACACGUCCGAGCGCAAGGACUACCGGCCCGAGACGCCCAAGCUCACAUAGAGCCGCUGUAUAUCACGCGUGACUGUAUUUUGAUGUAAUUUAUUUACCUGCCCGACAGUUGUAUCAGGUAACAUUUGUGUAAAAUGUAAAUUGAUCAAUUGAUUGGAAGUUGUAAAUCUCUAGGUCUCCCUUGACCAGCUGGUGCUUGUGGAGCAAAUAGUGUGCUUUUCUUUUUAUUUGUAAGCGUGUAAAGAUUUCAUGGUCGCAUUUUAUUUUACAGUACGAGUGCGAGCUAGUAUUAGGUAACGACCUGGGCUAAGGAUAGUUUCAGGGUUAGCAUCUAGUUAUUACCCAGUUACUAUAGUAAGUGCAUGCAGAACGGGACUGUAAAGUAAAGUGCCACCGGUGUCGUUCAGAGAACGCGACUCUCUUGAUUGUGCUGUCCCCUAAUUUGCUUUUCUUUCAAGAGAAGUAUUUUCUUCAAGUUUAACGUCCACACACAUACAUAUGCUAGGCAGUAGAUAUAGUCUCACUCGGAGCGUUAGCUGUUAUUU